AUGGGCGGCAAGACGUGGUCCCGCGAGGAGGAGCUCUACUUUUGGCGCACAGUCGUUCCCCUCUCGCCAAAGGCCGCCGCAAACCCCCCGGCACCCGCCGAAUGGUCUCAGCUCGCCGCCAACAUGCAGGAGCACUUUGGCCAGAACGCUCGACGUAAAUACACGUCGCUGAUGCUUUACGAGCACUACUUUCAGAACAUCACGACCAGGCACUUUUCGCCCAAGUCGGUCGACCUCGUCCGCGAGCACAUUCAGGAGCUCGUGGCCAACGGCAAAGACCCCGAGGAGAUGGCCAAGGGUGGCGACAAGCCCAAGAGGGCGGGCAAGAGAAAGGCACCUGGAGGCUCGAGCGGCGCCCGCGGCAAGCAGACGCCGAACAAGAGGACUGCAACUGAAGCCCAGUCGCCGUUGGCACAGUCCGCGGGCCCUGCCGCCACGAACGCGGUGCAGGCACAGGCACCUACCGCACCGAUGAACAACAACGCAAGCCAGCACGGCGUUGCGAACAAUGCAUAUGCUGUUCCCCGGCAGCAAUAUUACCCGCCCAUGGUCCAGAUGCCUGGCUCGACGCACAGCCAUCCCUCGGCGGGCAGCACCAGUCACCAACUUCAGAAUUUGCUGGUGGCCGCCCAAGCUCCAUUCCCGCAGCACAAUUCCUUCGCACAGAACGCGCCCCGGUAUGACACGCCCACCACGCCUCCUGGCCACGGCGACUCUUCCGGACACGGGCAUUUCAACGAUGUUAAUUGGGGAAACAGUAUUGGCCGCGACUCGGGCUACGCGUCGGGCGCAUCGUCGAGCCACGCUGCAUCGCCGAUGGCCCACGCGACAACCCAGGGCGGUUCCAGCGCCUCCAACGACACUGGCUACUCAUACUAUGGCGUGGAGGAAGCCUAG